GCUCACAACCCGGGUGUGGGAUUCCUGCAGAGACCUCAGGGGACCGUCAGAGGCGCUGGGGACCAUGGCCGCGGGACGCAGCCGCCGGGAGCCGCCGCGCGGAUGCCGGGGCGCCCCUCCCUAGCGGGGCGCAGCCACCUCGUCUCCCGCCCGGCCGUCCGCAUGGGGGGCGGAGGGUCGGCCCUGAGGGUCUGCGCCGACCACCGCGGGGGCAUCAACUGGCUCAGCCUGAGCCCGGACGGGCAGCGCCUGCUGACGGGCAGCGAGGACGGCACGGCCCGGCUCUGGAGCACCGCGGACGGCCAGUGCUGCGCACUCCUGCAAGGGCACGAGAGCUAUGUGACCUUCUGCCAGCUGGAGGACGAAGCUGCCUUCACAUGCAGCGCUGACCACACCAUCAGGAAGUGGGACGUGCGCACUGGACAGUGUCUGCAGGUCUUCCGAGGACACACGUCCAUCGUGAACAGGAUCCUGGUCGCCAACAACCAGCUCUUCAGCAGCUCCUACGACCGCACAGCUCGAGCCUGGAGCGUGGACGAGGGGCAGGUGUCCCAGGAGUUCCGGGGCCACCGCAACUGCGUGCUGACCCUAGCCUACUCCGCGCCCUGGGACCUGCCUGGGGCUCCGUGCGCCGAGGAGGUUGGGGGGCUCCUGGUGACGGGCAGCACGGAUGGCACGGCCAAGGUGUGGCAGGUGGCCAGUGGCUGUUGCCACCAGACGCUGCGGGGCCACACGGGGGCCGUGCUCUGCCUUGUGCUGGACACGCCCAGUCACACCGCCUUCACCGGCAGCACCGACACCACCAUCCGGGCCUGGGACAUCCUGAGCGGGGAGCAGCUGCGGGUGUUCAGGGAGCACCAGGGCUCUGUCAUCUGUCUGGAGCUCGUGAACCGGCACGUGUAUUCGGGCAGCGCCGACAGGACGGUCAAGUGCUGGCUGGCCGACACCGGGGAGCGCGUGCGCACGUUUGCGGCCCACCGACACAGCGUGAGCGCCCUCAAGUACCACGCAGGCACCUUGUUCACGGGCAGCGGGGACGCCCGCGCGCGCGCCUUCGACGCCCGCUCCGGAGCGCUGCAGAGGGUGUUCCGCGGUCACGCCUUCGUCAUCAACUGCAUCCAGGUGCACGAACAGGUGCUCUACACCGCCUCGCAUGACGGCGCGCUGCGCCUCUGGGACGUGCGCGGCCUCCCGUGCGCCCCGCCGCCGCGCCCUUCCGCCCCCGCGCGCAGCCGCUCCCGCCUCUUCAGCAACAAGGUGGGCUGCGCCGCCGCGCCCCUGCAGCCCGCCUGAGCGCCCCGAGACCGCGGGCCGACCCACCCCCGCCCUGGGCAGGGCUCCGUGGACU